AGUGUGCGCGUCGUUUUUGAGGAACAUGGUUUGUGCUCUCCUGUGACAGGGACUGGCUUUUCAAAAUAAAAUUCAUCCCAACAAAUUGAAUUUCCCAAUCCAUUCUUGGAAAAAUUCAUCAGGACUUUCUAUCGAAAAAUUAAUCGAUUUUCGAAGUAACGACAAAAACUCCUUUCACCUUCGUUUGGAUAGUUGUGCAGGUGCUAAUAGGGUGGUUUGUGCUUCGGAAAGCAUCGACUCGUGACUGGUGAUUUUUUUUAUUGGUCAAAAGUGACGUGCGAUUUUUGCAAAGGAUAUUGUGUCAGAGAGUGAACUGUGCCUCUUGUUUGCAAGUCAAACAUGAUUCUUGUGCAUUGAUUUAAUUCCUGUGGAGUCUAUCCUGCUUUCGCGAGGAUGCUGAAGCACGUAUCUGUCUCACCCUGGCGAGGGCGAGCGGACAGCGUGAGUCUAGCUUCGAGUGGUGGUGCCAGUAGUUGCGGAAGCGGAAGUCCAACCCCUGGACACACCCCACCCCCCUCAAGAGCAUCAUCAUGCGCUUCCCUCGCACCCCUAACGGCGCUCUCCAGUUUUUCACCAGCCGACACCGCACCCCAACAGACGACAAUUAAGGUCUACGCAAAUUGUCUUCGUUCCGACAUCGAAUACAAGACUUUGAGCAUAACGUACGAGACGACAUGUCGAGAGGUCGUCCAAAACCUCCUAAAUAAGUAUCGGAUGAGACACCGGGACCCGAGGUUGUUUUACCUGACGAUGGAAGUAACAGUCAGAAGGGCGAAUGUCCACACAGUACUGCCUCUUGACGAGAACGCCCGGCCAGCAGUUCUGCAGUCUUGUCAUCCCAGGGGGGACUCGAGAUUUUCGCUGCAGACGCGACGAGGUGGACUCGUCAAAGUAUACGACAGUGCUCUAAUGUCNNAGUCAAAAUACAAGAGUCUUUUGAUCUCGGAGCAUACGACAGUGGACGAGCUUAUUCAGAUGCUUCUGAAUUGUUACAACUCAACCGAAAGGGUCGAACAGUUCUCUUUGUAUGAAGUUUGUGAAGGGGAGGAAUACCAAAGGAAACUGCAUCCUGACGAUUCUCCACUGAGAGUCACACAGAGAUGGACCACUGCCGAUCGCCAUCUUAGAAUUAGGCGAAAUCCAGAUUACAAUCCACAUAGAAGAAGGAGUAUGUGGGCUUCCGACUCGAGUAUAACUGUAGCAAUGGCGAGGCUACAAAUGAAUGAUGUCCAUCAUCGUCUGUGCAAUCAGAAGAGCAAUAACCACAUUAAUAACAACCACAACAAUCACCUCCUUCACCACUACAGUUACAACAACAACAACAAUGUAAAAUCUGGUCAAAAUCAUCUUACAACUACGAUGAGUCAUCAAGCGCGUAUUGUUAUGCCGCAACAACAAUUGCCGAAAAGUAUGCCAUCGACGCCUUUGUCGUCAAAACAUCCCACGAUGACAUACGCCGAAUACGAAAAUUAUCUUUUCAUCUAAUUCACCUCUAUUUCUAACUCAUUAUUAUUCGCCUAACCGGGUCUUCACUGAGAAAAAUAUUUAUUUGGUUCAAGCAGAGAAAGUUUGAAUGCAGUUUGUUUAAAUUAAACAAAACGUAUAUUUUUAUUUAAAAAAUUUUUCUGGAUUUAAGAAAAAAACGGCUCAUUUGAAAUAAAAUUUGUUUCAUUUCAAAUAAAA